GGCCAAGCGAUGAAUAUGUGCAAAAUGUAAAUUGCGAGAUUGAAAAACUCGAAGCUCGCACGCGGGAGGAUUUUAGUGAAACCAUGAUGAUCUACGCGAUGAGCUGAUGGUACGUGCAAACUGGAAAGCGGCCUUGAUGGCCUUAUGGUGCGUCUUAACGGCCGGUCUCGCCACGGAACUGUCCACCUUUGUUAAGAUCGAGCAGCCAGAAGCAACACUUUCGAGUGGCCUACGCUCCGCACACAGUGCAUUUUCAAAGCUGGAGGUAGCCAAUACUUUGUCCACGACUAGUACCGAAACCUUAUCACGUCAGCGAAAAAUAGAAUCUGACAUUUCCUCGAAUGCUAGAAGCCGUUUCAUAACAUUGAAUCCUUCUGUUACGAGUGAGGAGCCAUACGUUAUGAGAGUCACGAAAUACAAUCCCACUGACGUUUCGCUGCAACCGAAGCAACGCGUGCAUUACAAUUAUGUUCCGUUGGAGUUUCACGAAAAAUCAUCGACGCUCGGUCAUCGCAAGACGUCCACGAAAAGAGCCUCGAUCAUGAAAAGCAGAGCAGCAUCCACUUACGUAGGUUUGGCAGCAACAGCCGUUAGUUACCAAGUGGCAAUGACUGCCGAGCGAGCCAUUGAGGAAUGGGCCAAUUCCGUCUCGAGUGCCACCACUAACAGCGCCUUGUUGGUCAUUAAUGAAUUCAUUGGGAGCCCGACUAUCAGAAGCGCCACUCCAAGCGAAAACACGAAAAAGACGCUGCAGUUGGAGCAGCAGCAUCAGCAGCACCAGCAGCAGCCGAGAAACUACUUGUCCACGGAGCAUUCGCUACUAAAAUCAAGUAUCCUCGAUUGUCUCUCAAAUUGCGAGCAAGACAAAGUGUCUACAACGGAAAGUUUGUCGACAAAAGACCAACCCCCGUGGAGGCGUGAACGUCGACUGUCUUUCAAUACCAGCAGCAGUAGCAGUACUACAAGCAACGAAUAUGCGAUCUCCGAGAUUACGACAAUAUCGACCAGCAGCCGUGACAGUGGCAGCACCGGUGGUGAGCAGAAACAGCAAGAGGCGAUCAUUAAAGCGGGAGAUCAGUGGCCGGUUAAACAUAGCGCUGUGGUCGAAGGUGACCUAGUCCUUGGUGGACUUAUGAUGGUACACGAGCGCGAAGACUCGGUGGUCUGUGGACCGGUGAUGCCGCAAGGUGGUAUACAAGCCCUCGAGGCAAUGCUCUACACUCUUGACUGGCUUAACGAGCGCGACAUCGUGCCGGGCGUCAAAGUUGGUGCUCACAUUCUUGACGAUUGCGACAAGGACACUUACGGCCUCGAAAUGGCUGUGGACUUUAUCAAAGGUUCGAUCAGCAACAUCGACGGCGCCGAGUAUCACUGCAAUAAAACAGCUAUUAGGAAAGUGAUUAGUGGCGUGGUUGGAGCGGCGAGCUCCGUCACCUCCAUACAAGUAGCGAAUCUCCUGCGGCUAUUUCGUAUCCCUCAGGUUUCUUUCUUUUCGACCAGCCCGGAGUUAUCUAACAAGCAACGAUUUGAAUACUUUACUCGGACUAUUCCUAGUGACUUGUACCAGGUCAAAGCGAUGGUUGAAAUUAUAAAGCAGAUGAAUUGGACUUAUGUAUCAGUUGUUUAUGAAGAGAGUAAUUAUGGUGUUAAGGCGUUCGAGGAACUAGAAAGUUUGCUUGCGAAGAAUGAAAUAUGCAUUGCUGUAAAGGAAAAGCUAGUGAAAGAUUCAGGUGUCGCAGAGGAGAGCGGUUAUGAUGCCAUUGUGCAAAGGCUGUUAACGAAACGACGCGCUAGAGGUUGCAUAAUCUACGGUUCGGACCAAGAAGUGGCAGGUUUGAUGAGAGCGGUACGUCGUAACAACGCCACAGGCGCAUUCUCAUGGAUUGGCAGCGAUGGCUGGAGCGCUCGUGGUUUGGUCAGUGACGGUAACGAGGCUGAAGUUGAGGGUACUUUGUCUGUUCAACCGCAGGCGAAUCCUGUAGAGGGCUUCGAAGACUACUUCUUGAAUCUCACCGUGGAGAACAAUAAGAGGAAUCCUUGGUUUGUCGAGUUUUGGGAGGAUCACUUCAAAUGCCGCUAUCCUAACUCAUCGUUAACUCCGUACAAUAGUAAAUACGAUAAUUUUUGCACGACCAAAGAGCGCUUGAACAAAGGUGAAAUGGCGUUUGAAAAUCAACUGCAGUUCGUAUCGGACGCUGUUAUGGCGUUCGCCUAUGCGUUUCGUGAUAUGCAUCGAGAUCUGUGCCACGGUAAGCCGGGAUUAUGCGACGAAAUGAAGCCAACGAAGGGCGAGGAGCUCCUGAAAUACCUGCGUAAAGUAGAAUUUGUAGGUCUCAGCGGUGAUAAAUUCAAGUUCGAUAGUAAUGGCGAUGGACCAGCUAGAUACAAUAUCAUUCAUUUCAAACAAACCUCGGCUGGACAAUAUCGCUGGAUUAGAGUGGGCAUGUAUUUGGAAGGAACUCUUCAUCUCAAUAUGACAGAAGUGCAAUUCCGUUUGGAGCACGCGGCGCCACCAGAGAGCGUUUGCUCGUUGCCCUGCGAGCUUGGCCAAGCGAAGAAAUACGUCGAGGGUGAGAGUUGCUGUUGGCACUGCUUCAAUUGUACCCACUAUCAGAUUCGAAAUCCGGACGACGAGACGCAGUGCAUCGACUGUCCCGAAGGAGCGACCCCCGACGAGACGCAUUCAUUCUGCCGUGACAUACCGGAAGAGUUCCUCAAAUUGGAGAGUGGCUGGGCGAUCGGCGCGAUGUCGUUCUCGUCCAUCGGCAUACUGGUGACGCUGUUCGUGGGUGGAGUCUUUCUCAAGCACAACGACACGCCGGUCGUUCGAGCCUCCGGACGAGAAUUAUCCUACGUUUUACUGACGGGCAUACUCCUUUGUUACUUAGUCACGUUCGCGCUUGUUCUGCGCCCGUCUGAUAUUGUCUGCGGCAUACAGCGCUUCACGGCGGGAUUCUGCUUCACGGUGGUGUACGCCGCGCUGCUGACAAAGACCAACCGGAUAGCAAGGAUUUUCCGGGCGGGCAAGCACAGCGCCAAGCGCCCUUCCUUCAUAUCGCCGCGCUCGCAGCUCAUCAUCUGCUCGAUGCUGAUGUUCGUGCAGGUUCUUAUCAACGGCGUCUGGAUGAUCAUCGACCCCGCCAAAGCGAUGCACCACUAUCCGACGCGCGACGACAACCUGCUCGUCUGCAACAGCUACAUCGACGCCAGCUACAUGAUAGCUUUCUCUUAUCCUAUCAUACUGAUCAUCGUCUGUACCGUUUACGCGGUGCUCACCAGGAAGAUCCCCGAGGCUUUCAACGAAAGUAAGCACAUCGGUUUUACGAUGUACACUACCUGCGUCAUAUGGCUGGCGUUUGUCCCGCUCUAUUUUGGUACGGGCAAUCACGUCGCCUUGAGGAUUACCUCCAUGUCCGUGACUAUCAGCCUUUCAGCCUCUGUGACCAUCGCCUGCCUCUUCAGUCCGAAGCUGUACAUCAUCUUGAUACGACCGGAGAGGAAUGUGCGGCAGAGUAUGAUGCCCAAUAGGCAUAGCACGACAAAGAGUUCGGCAGUGACGGGCACGAAUGCGUCGAGCAUGAUGGCGCCAAUCACUCUGACAGCAGUAACAUGCGAUCAAAACAAAACCGUGCAGAGGCAUGUCACCAUUACGAUGGAUUGCUCUACACAAAGCGAAUAUUAUGAAUUGGCCGUGAGGGAGUCGCAAAAUGGCAAGCGAAAGGUUUCGCUGGUGACAGCGUCAACGCAGACGCAAAAUAAUAAUAAUAAAACGGAGGCGACGUCGCCGAAAGACAGUAACGAGACCUCCGACGGCACAAUAAAACUAGCGAAUAGCUCAAAAAUUGGCAACGGACCUAUAAGCCAAGCUGACGUGACUUUGUAGCAGGAAGAUGCAUCCGUUCGCGAGGCUAUUGAAUAAUAAUGCGGAAAUUAUCAAUAAAGUAACAAAAGAAUACCGACAUCAAAUUAUAUGCUUCGAUGUAAAACGUAUACGUACAUUUUUUUAUAAAUGUUAUAGAUAGAAAUCACGUUCGUUCAAAUAACAAGUUCGCUGUAAAUACGUCAUUUUUCUUGAAGAUGUACGUAUAGCCUUGAUAUACGAAGCAAGUUGAAUGUAACGCGACAUUUUUUUUAAUAAAUAUAAUAAGUUAGUCGUCAAAAGCCAAUAUGUCGUUCUAGUCAUACAUACGUAAAGAGAAACAAUACAGCAUUUAAAUAAUAUAAAACUGCAUAAAGACUAUUUCAUAAAUAUCAAAAAAUAUUCGCACAAACAUCUCUAUGUAAAUAAAUUCUUAAAAUAACUUAAAUCUUAAAAAAACAACUUUUUUCACAUUUCACAACUAAAACUAUUAUAGUAUUAGUUUCGAUAAUGGCGAGAAGCAAUAUUUAUAAUUUUUUAUCUAUAUUAGAAUUUUUAAUUUGCUGAUAUAAAUCAACUAAAAUGUGAUCGAUUUUGCGGAAGAUUUCAUAAUAUUUUUUGAGAUCAUUUAAAAAAUUUAAGUUGAAAUUAUUAUCAUAAUGUUCAACUAUAAGAACAUAGUGGCUAGUAAUAUCAAUGUCACUUCAUUAAAAAUAUUUCUUAACAUAAAUGAGAGAAAGCAGUAUGCAACGUAAAAGUAAACAUCGAUUAAGACGAUUGUUUUAUCUUAACUUAUUUUGUUGAGGAUCAAAACAUCAGUUGGAAAAAUUUUUUAAUAAAGUGUCUAAUUAGUGGCUUUACUGAGAUGCAAAUAUAUUGCAAUAAAUUGUUGAACUAUUCUAAAUCAUUGUAAUUUAAAGUAUCGCUCAAAUUCAUAUUCUAUCACAAAUUAGCAAUUGUGACUAAUAAACAGUAAUAAAUGAAAGGACGUCAGUUAGCAUCUAAGUGUAAAUAAAUUUUAAGUCAAAAGAAAAAAUGACAGAUAAAUACACUAUAUUGAAAAUCUAAGACUUGAAUAGUUAACAUGUAUAUAAAAAUGUUUGUAUAUUACAUCUACUAUACAGCUUCGAUGAGAUAAAAUACACCAGAUUAAAAAUUACGAUUUCCUCUAUGAAAGAUAGUAGUUUUAUAAUUAAAUGAUUGAAAUUUCUAUUUACUUUGUUUAAAUUUUUUACAAGUUUGAACGUCUGGACGUUUGACUCAGAGGAUUAUACGUGUUACAUUUUAUCUGCUAAUCAAAUCAAAGGGCGUAAAAAAUUUCUAUAAAUAUUUACCAUUUCUCGUAUUGUAAAUAAUUGGUUCAGCAUCAAAGACACGAUUAAUUAGAAAGUAUUUGUAAAUACGAUUUGGAGGUCAACAAUGUAUUUCUAAAUUGAUAACUUCAAUGGCAAUGUUUCAAUACAGGCCUAAAACGAUCUAAUUUUGAAUAAUGGGUAUCGGAAAAAUAUGCAAUUUAACAUAGUUAAAUUUUAUUACUUUUGUAGUAUACUUAUGAUUUUAGAUCCAUUAAUUCAAUAAAAAAAUGAAAAAUAAAUUUUCUUUCUCAGAUUUUAAAACAAUUUAUGAAAUCUUAAUUUGUAAAUAUCUCGAAAAUAUGUGAAUGCAUAUAAAAUAUAUUUUCCAUUAGAACUUCUCGCAUUGUUUAUUAAAU